GGCUUAAUCCGGACAGUUCCGUCCAUCCUCGUGCUCCACAGAUGUCACGUGAGCGUGUGUGACGCGUGUUUACUGCUCAGCUGUUUGUUUAAAAGGCUUUUUUCCUGUUUCAAGUCCCUGUCUGGAGACCCUGACCUCGAGUCUGGUGCUGCUGCUGACCGCGGGCUGAAGUCAUCACCUGUCUCUCCUCAUCACAGCAUCAUUCAGGACGCGCGCGCACGCACGCACGCACGCACACGCAGCGGUCAGUGCUCAAACACACAGCUGUAGUUGAAGAUGGCUCUGAAUGUGCCUGGUCUGGUGGUGAUGGCCGUGUUCUACCUGGUGAUCCUGGGCACGGGCAUUUGGGCGUCCAUGCGCUCAAAGAAGGCGGAGAAGAAUUGCAUGGGAAAUGGCAUGGAGAUCACGCUGCUGGCCGGACGCAACAUCAACCUGCUCGUUGGCAUCUUUACUCUCACCGCGACAUGGGUGGGUGGAGGCUUCAUCCUUGGUAUCGCUGAAGCAACAUACAACCCAACGCUGGGCGCAGUCUGGGCCCUCAUGCCUGUGCCUUAUGUACUGACCUUCUUCUUAGGUGGCUUUUUCUUUGCCAAGCCCAUGAGAGAGAACAAGUACGUGACAAUGAUGGACCCGUUCCAGCAGAAGUACGGGAACGUGAUGAGCAGCGCCCUGAUCCUUCCCGCUCUGGUGGCAGACGUCCUGUGGGUGGCGCGCACACUCGUCAGCCUGGGUGGAACUAUGAGUGUGAUUCUGGAUCUGCCCUACGUCUACUCCAUCCUCAUCUCCUCAGUGGUGGCCAUCAUCUACACACUGCUGGGCGGCCUCUACUCUGUGGCCUACACUGAUGUCAUCCAGCUCAUCCUCAUCUUUGUCAGCCUGUGGGUGUGCGUUCCUUUCCUGAUGACCAACCCUCACUCUCUGGACAUCUCACUGACGGCCUACAACUUCACCUACCAGGCUCCGUGGGUCGGCACGGUGGAGCUGGACGAGGCGGGAAAAUGGUUUGAUGACUUCAUGCUGCUGGCUCUGGGAGGUUUGGCCUACCAGGCAUUCUACCAAAGAAUCCUCUCGUCCUCAUCUUACAGCCAGGCUCAAGUGACUUGCUUUGCCUCCGCUGCCUUCUGCCUGGUGCUGGGUAUCCCCUCAAUUCUGGUGGGGGCCGUGGCUGCAUCUACAGACUGGAACUCAACCAGCUAUGGAUUACCCACCCCCUAUGAGAGGAACCAGACGGGUUCCAUCCUCCCCAUCGCCCUGCACUUCCUCACGCCCAUGUACGUCUCCGUCAUCGGCAUCGGAGCCGUCGCUGCCGCCGUCAUGUCGUCCAUGGACUCGGCUCUUCUGUCCUCUGCCUCCUUGCUCUCCUCUAAUAUUUACAAGAACAUCAUCAGGAAGCAGGCGUCAGACCGGGAGAUGCAGUGGGUGAUCCGUGUCUCAGUGGUGCUGGUCGGCGUGGCUGGCACUGGUCUUACCUUCCUGGACAACAGCGUCCUGGUCUUCUGGCUCGUGGGCGUGGACAUGUCCUACACCAUCAUGUUCCCUCAGCUCGUCUGCAUCCUCUUCUUCAAGGUCUCUAACGGUUAUGGCGCCGUCGUGGGCUACAUGAUGGGAAUAACCCUGAGGGUCCUCAGUGGCGAGCCCCUCAUUGGUCUGCCACCUGUCAUCAAAUUCCCGGGCUGCCGCCUGGAUGAGGAAGGAAAGAUGACCCAGUACUUCCCCUUCCGCACCACCAUCAUGGUGGCGUCGCUCGUGUCCAUCCUGCUCGUCUCCUGGUUGUCUUCCGUGGUUUUCGACAAGGGUCUGCUGCCGGAGAAGUGGGACGUGUUUAUGAUCAAGCACAAGCAGAAAUCGGUGGUCAACGGCUUGGACAACAACAGCAAGACCAACUCUGGGGACGGAGAUGCCUCCACGUCCAAGCAGCUUCUGGACACCACCAGCUGCUAAGAGGAGAGAAGAGGGAGCGCUUGAAUGAGAACGCCACCCAAUCGUGGAGGACGGCUGCUUCACUGAAGAAAAUGAUCUGCAUCCCAAAAGAAUCGCUCCACGAUUUGCCGUGAAGAAAACGCUUGUGGGGAAAAAUCUUUGAACUUUUCUUUCAGAAGAGAGUGAUUGGGAUUAAUGUGUCCUGUUUUCUAAAAGACUCAUUUAUCCGUGUGUCACAGGCGGCGCUGCUGUUCGAUUAUACCUCGCUCUUCUCUUUCCGUGUUUUACAAAUCAGUCUGACAAACACAACGUUCCACAACGUUUUCACCAAAAAUCUUUCCACUUCAUUUGAAAGUGACUUGAUUUCUUAUUUCUUCCCUUUCUGCUAAAAACAGCUUUGCAAUGUUUUUUUUUUUUUAUUUUUGUUUUUUUAAUCCAAAUGGUGAAACAGGAGUUUUUUUAAAAAAUGACGGUCCAGGUUUUUACCUCUUGCUACCAAAUCUUGUCAAAGACACAUUUGUUUGUUUGUUUUAAAUCACACAGACUUUUACAGGGGGAUUUUUAGGGGGAUUUUCCAUUAUCAGCCAACAGAAAUAAGCACAAUCACACUAGUUGUUGGUCCUUUUGUUGUAGCUUCUGUUAACGAAACUUUCUUUUAUAGUUUGUACAUCGUCUGAUACAUAAGACUAAACUCCAUAUGAAGUGAAAUAUAUUCAGAAUAAAUUGGUUCUCUUCACAUACAGGAGAGUUUUGUCUGCUUGUAAACACACAGGAUGUCCCCAAACGGUCCAAGUGUCCUCAGAGGUCUGACAAACGUUGUAGUGUAUCUGCCCAUGUGAUGUUUCCGGGUUCAUGUGGUGGGUUGGGUUCAGUGGCACUUCUUCAAAUAAGGUUGAUAAGAAAUCACGUCUACAUUUGUCCAUCUUCAGCUUUGAGAAGCAUUAAUUGCACAUUAGGGCAGAUUUUUGUUUUGUUUUUUUAUUGAGAGGGUAAAGAAUGAACCGCUGCAGCUCGACAGGAACGCCAGCGCUCGCCUCUUUCUCUCUAACGUGUUCCAUGAAACGCAAAAUUCACAUCAGUGGACAAACAGACGAGGAUCUGGCUUCACCCUCACUGACCCGUGAAGCUCGUCUUGAGGAGUGAGCGACAGGCGACUGGACUUUGUGUUGUAUAUUAUGUUUUGUUAUACAUUUGUAUGCAAAGCUAUGAUGGGAUCAUUGUUUCCUCUAAGGUGGCAAAAGGCUCUGAAUUCAAGUGUCUUUAUCGAGUACAAAUAUUUCUCCCUUUUCUUACAAAACACAGUGUGGUUUAUUGAAGUCGACGUGCAGAGAGAUGUUGACUCGUGUCAGAACGCUCCCUCUCAAAUACAGUUGCCCUUUAAUCUCCACUGUCAUCAGGGUGCAUACCUCAAGGAACACUGAUGGUAAAGUUAUGUUUUACAGACUCAGAACCUAAAACGAUGACUCUGACUUCCAUCUGAAGCAGAUUUUAUUCAUGUCAUCUUCCAAAGACCAAUCAGAGAGAAUAUGAAGCAUGCAUGACUUAUGUGUGUUUGUAUUAUACUCUUCAACUGUACAGUCCGAUCAUGAUUUUUGUAUUUACACUUUGUUUUUCUUUUAAAUCAGUGUUGAUUGAUAUGCAUUGAGUACGAGAAACACACACAAGCUCUUAUGAUGGAACACUAGUGUCAAACAGGGUCAUGUGACCUGAUUUGAUGGAAGAAGAGCUGCUAUCGUCAGCACGACGUCAAUAAUAAACUUAAUAAAGGCAAUAAAGGGCAAUUCCUUAAUAGUGGAGCAGAAGUAUAUUAUCUAUUAUAUCAUGUGUUUUUUAUUUUUUAAUGUCAGUCAGCGGAGGAUUAUGAAAGUAUUGGGCGGUUUUAUAAUAUAAUGUGGGUCGGGAGUUUUACAUUGUAUUAUCCUCAAAUAUGUAUUUGAUUUUAUACUCUUAUGCAUGUUGAUUGUCUUUACCAGUGUAGUUUGUAUACUGAGCUUUAGUGAAGGCUGUUUUCUCUUGCUGCUUUGUAAUCAAUCCCCAUGGGGUGAUGUUCUGUCCAAAUAAAAGCUGAAAUCAAAGGA